UUUAUUUUAUUGUUUUUUUAUAUGUGGCGCACUUUAUUAGCAGAAGAGAAGAGAGCAGAGAACAGAGAGAAAGAGAAAGCAGCAAAAGCUGAACACACAAACACAGAACUCGCCAUUUUCAUCAAAACACCAACGCAGGCAGUAAAUUGAACCUGUUUUCGUCCACCCUUCUGAUUUCAAGCUGAAAUGGAGCAAAUCUUGGCUACCUUCAAGCUUGAAGCUUGCGGCAUCAUUUAGGAUUCCUUGUUCUCUUCCCUUACGGGGGAAAAACGUUCUGCUUUCUUUUGUUUUUUUUUCUUUUUUUUUUGGUGAAGCUGCUGUUUUCAUGGGGAUGGGUUGUCGUAGAAUGGUAGCAGGAAACUUGGAUCCAGAGAGAAAGAGGAGCGGUGGUUUGAGGACGAAGCAGGCGGGUAGAGGGUCGUGCCGUGGAAGUUAGCUUUUUAUAGUGUAGAGAAACUUUUUUGAGUUUACUUUCGGGGAUUUGCUGUCUCUGGCAACGGAUGUGAGCUGCUUGUUACUUUGGCUAUCGUAUAGGUUACAUUUUGUGUUGGAAUUGGUUGCUUAGUGUUUGCUUUAACUCCUCAAAGAGAGUUAUGGGUUCUUUGCUGAGAGAGGCGCUUAGGAUGCUCUGCAGCACGAAUCACUGGUCUUACGCUGUGUUUUGGAAGAUGGGAUGCCAGAAUACAAGGUUAUUGAUUUGGGAAGAAUGUUACUAUGAACCUGCAUCUUACUCUAUUCCUCCUCGAUGCAUUUCUGGAAAUAAGAACCCUGAGUUGCCAUUAGGAGGGUGGGGGGGAGGAUGCUUGGGUUCUGAAAUUCCUUCCUCUCAGAUUGGGAAUCAAUCAUGGGAUAAAGUGCAUAUGCUGAUCAACAAAAUGAUGGUGGUCAAGAGGAUAAUUUUAGUUGGUCAAGGAAUAGUAGGCCGAGCUGCAUUUAUUGGAAACCAUCAGUGGAUUCUUGCACACAGUUUUACUACAGACACCGAUCCGCCAGAGGUUCUGAAUGAAGUGCAUCUCCAGUUUUCAGCUGGCAUGCAGACAGUUGUUGUUAUUCCUAUUCUUCCUCAUGGUGUUGUUCAGCUUGGCUCUUCCCUGCCUAUUAUGGAGAACAUAGAAUUCAUCAAUGGUGUCAAGAAUUUAAUGCAGCAAUUGGGUUGCAUUCCAGGAGCUCUUCUUUCUGACAGCUAUGGAACAAAUGAAUUUGUUGAGAAAAUUGGGAUACCCAUCUCUCUAGGAUCACCUGUUUCCAUGGACCCCUCUGGAAUUUAUGUGGCUGCAAACACUGCUCCUUUAGUGGCUCAAAGUUCCAACCAACAAGGCAACACUUGUGAGACUUCAAGCCUUGUUGGCAGGACAUCUUUUCCAGUUAAUCAGAUUGGGGAUGGUCCACAGGCUAAUGCUUCAACCUCCCAAUUACCUAGCCCAUUGCAAACUUUGGCUAAACCUCUUGAACAUCACUGUCAACCAAAAAUCAGUCCAGAGAUGAAGUUGAAUUUAAACUUGAGAGGUCAGCUGAAUGGAAUAGUUGGUGCUGAAUUGAUUCCCUCAAAUCCUAUUCUGUGGCAAAACCAACAGUCUGGGUUUAAAAAUCAGCCUAUAAUUGGUCAAUCAUCUGUUGGUCAUGCUGCUGUGAAAUCAAUGGAACGACUGAUCUUGUCUGAUGCUGAUGUAUGUGAUAAUGGUACUUCUAAUAUGGAUGAAUCAAACAGUCAAGGAAGACUAAUAUCAAUUCCUGGCUCUGUUUUGAACCCACAGAAUGAAGCAAAUAUUAAUCCUUCUUGUAUGGUGAUGUCAAGGAUUGGGUUACAGAGUGUUGAUUCAUCUAUGACAAAGGUUCCUUUAUCAGUCCUGGUGAAUGGUCAAGUUGAUUUAGCUCCAAAGAAAGAAAGAAUGGAUAAUGAUUUGUUUCAAGCACUUAAUCUCCCAUUGACCCAUGGUGACAACUGUAUUUCUUUAAAUGAGCAGCUCCCUGGUGCCAUCCUUGAUUGCCUGAAGUAUGAAAUUGAAACUUCAGGUCCAGGGUGUAUAGGUGCUAACUGUGAAGAUGUCUGUAUCAGAACCUCUUCCGGGGAUGACUUGUUUGAUGUUUUGGGGGCAGAUUUGAAGAAAACACUACUUAAUGGCAAAUGUAAUGAUGUCUGUGCAGAUGGACAGAAUAUGAAUAUGAAGGCACAAAAAACGGGUAAGGAUAAGUCAAGGUUGGGGAAUUCAUUGGAUGUGUUUUCAGCAAAUGAAGGAAUAUCUGACAGGAUUAUUCACACUGGAAUGAGUACAGAUCAUCUUUUAGAUGCUGUGGUAUCUAGCUCUCACUCUGCUUCCAAGCAGAUCUCGGAUGAUGAUGUGUCUUGCAGGUCAACAUCGACAAAGAUCAGUAGUUCCUCCAUUCCAAGUGGUUCCCCCAUAUAUGGCCGGGUUAACAUGUCCAAUCAGGCACAAGGGCAGUUACUUGGUCAUCAGUCUGUAAUAAAAGAUGGGCUUCUGGUAUCUAGUUCUUACCAAUCUGGAUGCAGCAAGGAUGAUACCGGAACUUGCUCUCAGACUACUUCUGUAUAUGGGUCCCAAAUUAGUUCAUGGGUUGAACAAAGCCAGAAUUCCAGGCGUGAUACCAAGAAGAAUGAUGAAAUUACCAAACCAAACCGCAAAAGGCUAAAACCUGGAGAGAACCCUCGACCUAGACCAAAGGAUCGCCAGAUGAUCCAAGAUCGUGUGAAAGAGCUGCGGGAAAUUGUACCAAAUGGAGCAAAGUGUAGCAUAGAUGCUCUACUUGAAAAAACGAUCAAGCAUAUGCUCUUCUUGCAAAGUGUGACAAAGCAUGCAGACAAGCUAAAACAAGCAGGAGAGCCUAAGAUAACUAAUAAGGAUGGUGGAGUAAUUUUAAAAGACAACUUUGAGGGUGGUGCAACGUGGGCAUUUGAGGUUGGGUCACAAAUGGUCUGCCCUAUCAUUGUUGAGGAUCUCAAUUCACCUCGUCAGAUGCUGGUGGAGAUGAUUUGCGAAGAGCGUGGUUUCUUUUUAGAAAUAGCUGACUUAAUUAGGGGAAUGGGAUUAACCAUCUUGAAAGGAGUGAUGGAAACCAGGAAUGAGAAGAUCUGGGCACGGUUUGCUGUUGAGGCCAACAGGGAUGUUACAAGGGUGGAGAUAUUUAUGUCGCUUGUUCACCUGUUGGAUCAAACUGCUAAGGGCAGUGCAAUACCGGCAAGUGCUUUGGAAGGCAACAGUAUGAUGGUCCACCACUCUUUUCCCCAAGCUGCUUCUAUACCUGCAACUGGUAGGGCCAGUAGUUUACAGUGAACCACCUUGCUACAUAAAUUUCAAGCCUGGAUAUGUUAAGAGCAAGCCACUGCCAUGCCCGCAAUGACUAACAUGUGUUCCAGUUAAGGUAUCUGGUGGUUCUAACCUUGUCUAACUCUUUUUUAGUCUUCUACAAACCAAACGAUCGCUGACACUGUUGUAGAGGGGCCGGGUAUAUUUGUAAGUUCAAGGAUUUUAUUUAUAUGAUGGGUAUUCCUGGGGGCAGUACAGUAGUGUGUUUAUGGUUCACAAUUGUAUAGAGAGAGCAUCAGGUUAUGAAAUGAAAUGGGGAUGGAGUGAGUAUUUCUGACUGUAAUUUGGCUUUUUACUCCCUUGACUAUUUUUGGCUUGGGGGAUAUUACUGUAUUUUGUUGCAGUCUCUCAGACCUUUACUUUCUGCUAGAAUGUAGUAAAGAUGAAGUUUGGUGUUUGGCCUGUAACAUUUGUCUCUAGCAAUUUUAUAAUUAC